UGGCAUUGCAUGCGUGACGUGAGUAGACGUGAACGAUCGAAUGACAGUUUUAAGAUUUUAAAAAAUUCUACUAAUAUUGUUAUUCCAGACAAAAUAUUUUUACAUUUUUUAUUCAUAUACGAAACAAUACAUUAACAAAACAGUAAAAAUAAGUGCAUACUAAAAAUUUCAAUUGUAUCAGUGACAAUCACGUUUGUUUAUUGGUUAACAUCCGCCAUUUUGUACUGUCGUUUGUUUAGUGACUGGGUCUCUUUUCAGUGAUGCUAUUUGAUUCUACUGAAAAUAUACAUUGUGAAUUCGCAAGUGUAGUACAAUGUUUUUGCUAGAAACGUUGCUUUUAAAGGGUCUAAAUUAAAUCUUGUGACUUGUCAAUUUGACGUCGGUAUAUCAUCUACCUAUGUGCCGGAUGUGUCCUACAAUCGGUUAGGGCGACUUAACGUGCCACCUUGAGUGGUGUACGUGUCCCGAUCCUAUGCUGCCAAGAAUAUGAGUGGCAACGGGAAUCAGGUGCCGUUGGCGCCGAGUCAGCGCGGGCCCGGAUCUUAUCCAAGGGCGUCAACACCACACAGACCGGAAUGCUAUCAUCCAGCGGGCGCCACCGGAGCAGCCUACAUGCCGAGCACGGCCGGCGGGGCACAGUCCUCGGCGCAAGCGGCUCUGAGAGUUCAACCCACGCCGCAACCGUCGGCGCCGCCGGCACCUCAACAGGACAUGUCCAAAACUACUAUGGCUGGCCACAACUACGUGUCGCAGCCAAAUCAGACACCACAGGCUCGGCCGCAAUAUCCCAACUUUCAGUAUAGAGCGGCGCAACACGGGACAAGGCCAAAUACACAUCCUAGACAACAGCAGCCGUUUAUACCUGGAGCGGCCGCUACUGCAACUGGACCAGUUAUGUAUCACCCCACAUUCGUGCUCGGACCCACGCACAUGGGUAUACCGCCGUCCUACCAGCAGCCACGUUCUAGCACGCCAGGGUAUUAUCAGUAUGUGCCGUACAUUGGUUAUAGUACUCCACCGAGCCACACGCCGCAAUACUAUUACACGUCGAAUAGUCAACAACUGCCAACACCAAACAUACAAGCGAACGCGCCAGGAGGCAGAAGCAACCCUACCUCGUUGGUGGGCCCACAGGGGUCGACCGCGACCCCCACCGUGCCCGCCGCCACCAUACCACAACCGCAGGCCCCGGCACAUAUGCAUCAGACAAUGCCUGGUAUACGUCCUGCCCAACAGAAGCGCCAGAGUCAUAGAGUUCCAAUUAUUGACCCCGUAACACGACAAGAUAUUUUCUCCGACCUAUUCUCUAACGAUAGCCAAUACUUGAGUGGUGAUUCCAGCGAACGGCAAACACCACAACCCGAGCAAACACAUAGCAUUGCUGAAGAGUUUACGAGAAUGGUCAACGAAGUCGCCAACCAGCCGACAACAUGUGAAAGUGCUACGAAAUCGAACUAUGUGAUAAAGAAUAUGGACACACCUAUACCUUCGUCGACAAGCACUGUGCAACUUCAAUCAAAUGCAGUAACCUCUAUAAAUAAUAAUAUAAUAAAGUCUGAGAUAUUAACUAUUAACGAAAGUAAAAAUGUAGGACCUGAUGUUGCUGUAGAACCUAACGAAACUCCCGUAGUAUCAGCAAUAUCAGACAGUCCUGUUAUAGUGCCUAAAAUGCCUAUGAAUAUUAAGCAACUCCAAAAAAAUAGUGAUCAGAAUAUUCAGUCUUUAGUUGUAGAUAAGAAUAUACCAUCUAAUAAACAACAGAAACAAAACAAAAAUAAACCAGUCGUGCCUCAAACUGAAGAAAUAGAGAAGCAAUCCGAAACGUUGCAUGGCGCUCCGUUGGCGAAUCCAAUAUCGGCGCCUGCGGCUGCUAUAUCAGCGGCUGCGCCCGCUUCGGCCCCGGCGUCCACGGCUCCUCCCGCGCCAGCAGCGCCCACCGGGCCCUCAGUGCCCGCCGCCGUGCCUGUCAUACCGGCCGCACCAUUUGCGGCCGCUUCCCAUCCCACCCCAGCAUCCGCUCAUACCCCUGCACCUACACCACAACCACAAAGGAUACCCAGGGAACGAGUUCGCUCGGAAGACAAGGACAGAGAAAAGAGCAAGGAUAAAAACGUGCAACAGGAAAAGGAGCCUCCUUCUAACAAACCAAACGGGCCUACACCUGCGGCUGUGAUUAGUUCAGUUGAUAGUUUUCAAGAAAGUAUCAACCUGCCAACUAGUCAAAGCAGUCAGUAUACAAGUAUAGAAUCAACGAAAAAACAAGGCCCAACAAAACAAUUGUCAUCAUUAGAGACUGAAACUCCUACAAUACUUGAAACAAAGGUUGAAAGUGUGAACAAGAGCGAACCCACAUUGGGAACAGUACCUACACCUACACAAUUGUUAGCAGCGAGUAUAGAGAAGAUUGCCCAAACUAAGGAAUUACCCACAGUAUCAGAAUCAACUUCUGAAAGUUGUGAGGCAUCUGCCACUAUUCAGGCACAAGCCAAAUUAACUCAAAGCAUAGCUAGUUGCAUCCGCACUAUUCAACCUGAAUCUAAGAUGAAAGAUAUCAACCUUAAUAAUAAGACUACAGAUCCUGACACUGCCAAUGGUAAUACUGCAGAAAUAACUAAUACGGACACUGUUAAGGAAGAUGUUAAUAAAAAUGACAAAGUGGUAAAGAAUACAAAGAAUUCUAACAAAAAAUCUGGAAACAAGAUGGCCAAUGAAACAAAUGUGAAAGAUGCAGAGUCAUUUGAAAAUGGUAAAGAUGAGACUGAUAAAAAUAGUAAUGUAGAACAGGACGAAGACCUGUCUAAAAAUAAGGAUACUUCAAGCAAGCCAUUGUCAGCAGAGAAGCCCGAUGCACCUGCUGUUCCCCCUGUGCUUGCUCCUAAAUACAAUUAUAAUCCUGGUCAAUGGUCUCCAUUUAAUAAGUCUGGCAAGAAAUGCUAUGACAUUGGAUUGCUCAAGCAAAUGAAGGAUGAUCCACUCUCGAAGAAUAAGCCUAAUGUGCCGUUGCUAGAAGUUUGCAAUGUUAUGAGGACUGCACCGAUGCUGGAGCCUCUUGCAUUUGCAACUAUCUCUCGGCCUAUGAAUGAUUCACUUUUCCCCCAGUUUGCCAAAAGCUCUGGUAUUGGGUCUAGGAGUGGAGGUGCUCCUCGUGACCCCAAGAAAGAUGGUAGAAACAUGGCUACAGGUGGAAAAGGCAGUGCCAAGUUACCAUCAACUCCCAGUAGCAGCGGUGCUCAUAAGCCAGUCAUUCAUGUUUCUCUGUCAUUACGGGAAGAGGUCAAGCUUAAUGAAACUAAAGACCCCUGGAAACCCUUAAGGUUCAAGAGAGACCCAAUGAAUGAAGAUGAAUUUAAGACUCAAGAGUUGUAUAAAAAAUUCAGAGGUAUUCUGAACAAACUGACACCACAAAAAUUCGAUACCUUGCUUGAUAAAGUAAAGACACUCGAAAUCAACACUCAGAAACGUCUUGAAGGUGUCAUUGAUCUCGUGUUUGAGAAGGCUAUUGAUGAGCCUAACUUCUCUGAAGCCUAUGCGGCCAUGUGCAAUAAACUUUCAAUGCUCAAAGUGCCUGCUGAUAAUGCUCCCGAUCAAUGUGUCAACUUCAGGGCACUUAUCAUUUCCAAAUGUCAAAAUCAGUUUGUGACUUCGAAAGUAGAUGAUAACAUAUUGAAAAUAGAAAAAGAAUUUUCUGAGUGUACUGAUCCUGCCAAGAAGAAGGAACUGCAUGCUUUGUUGGAAGAAGAGAACAGACGCGUUAGAAUGCGAUCCGUCGGUAACGUGCGAUUUAUUGGUGAAUUAUAUAAACUGAAAGUCUUGACUUCGAAGAUCAUGGUAUACUGCAUGAAUUAUUUGAUUGAUAAACUAGAGGAAGAAAAGCUUGAAUGCCUCUGCAAGUUGCUCACUACUAUCGGCGAACAAGUAGAAAGAGAAGUGAAAGAACAACUUGAUAAUAUUUUCAAGAAAAUGCAAGAUAUUGUUGAGCGCAAGUCCAACAAAAUCAGUAGCCGUGUCAGGUUUAUGAUCCAAGACGUAAUCGAACUCCGACAAAGGAGAUGGGUGUCCAAGAGCGUCGUCGAUUCACAACCUAAAAUGAUGGACCAAAUUCAAAAAGAGGCUGAACAACAGCAACGCCAUAUUGAGUUAAUGAAUGCUUCUACGCCUGGCGGUUUCCGGCGUGAUGAAGGAGGUCGGGGCAAGCGUAGCGACGGCCGGAGACAAGGAUCCAACUCAUUUAUGGAUAACAGCUGGAAGUCACCGCGACAAAAUUAUACUGUCGAUACGUCUAAACUCAAAGCUGUUACCCAAAAGAAUCAGAAUCUUACAAAUAUCAAGUUGGCUCCCCAUAAUACUGCUUGGAACCAUGGUUCGGGCACAAAGAAUACUGCUCAAGCUGGUAGUAAUUCAAUGAUUAGUCUUAGUAAGAAUAUGUACAGUGUUUUAGAGAAUGUACAAACUGAUCCUACGUCUCUAAGAGCGAACAAGGAUAUGUCGCCGAGCUACCACUCUAAAGGUGCUUCUAUAGAGCGAUCUACAUUUAAUUCUAGAGGGGACUUCAACAGUGGUAGUGGCAGCAAGUCAGGGUCCAUGGGUGUGGUUCGCUCGAACUCCGGCAGCCGUAACACGAGCGCCACGCCUCCUGCGCCCGCGCCGCCUGCAGAGGCACCGGCUCCUGCAGCCACAGUCGUACCGCAAGAACGCCUUCCUGACGAUAAGAGGAAGAUAGUUAAGUCUACGAUCGAACUCUGUCUCAUUAACCCUGAUGAUGACGAGAUGGUAGCUGAAAUCAAACAGCGUUUCCCUCCACAAUAUCAUGCUGAUGUUGUGACUGAAAUACUUAAUGUUGUCCUGGAGAAGUCUGCAAGAGACGUAGCUAUGAUUACAAAGUCCAUGCUACAUUUAAUUACGACGAAUACUAUUGCACCAGACAAUUUCCUGGCGGGAUUGAAGGAAAUACUGGAGUUUGCGCCUGAUCUGCAUAUUGAUAUACCUAUGUUGUAUGAAUAUUUAGGACAGUUCAUUGCGCCCCAAAUUGAAAAGAAGCAUAUCACAUUAGUACAGAUACUAAGGCUUUGUGAAAACCUUAUUUCGUCAAAUCAUGGGCACUUAUUAUUGAAAGCAAUAAUAAAGAAUAUGAAGGAGAGUAUGGGACCUUCAUUUGUUAAAAGCAAAUGGCAAGAAUCCGGUCUUCAAUUCAAGGAAUGGAUGAAUGAAGACCAGGUGGAAAAAUGGCUUCAAGAUAACAAAUUCGAAUUCUUAGAUGGAGGUGCUAAGGCUUGUGAAGAAAAUAAAAAAAUAUUGUCUCCAGCUGAGACUCAAAGUAAAUUGCUGCAACUUAUGAAUGCUGAUGAGAAUUGUGAUUGUAUAAAGGGCUGGGUGCAGGAUAAUCUUGGAAAAGCAUCAAACGAAGACUGGUUUAUGCGAUCGCUGAUCCAAGCGAUUUGCGAGCAUGCGUUGUUUGGCGCUGAGGGCCGCGAAGUGCCCCACUUCAACCAAGACCGCAUGAACAAAUAUUCUAGGCUCAUUAAUGAGUUUGGUGAAUCGCAGCAAGCGCGAGAAGCCAGCUGUUUAUUCGGCAUACAACAGCUCAUCCAUAGGCUAGAACAUCCUCAAGGUCUUUCUCUAGAAAUAUUCCAAUAUUUAAAUGAUCAGUAUAUAAUAUCUGCAGAAGGAUUUAUAGCGUGGGAAGAAUCAGAAUUGGAACCUGAAGGCAAAGGCGUAAUGAUGAAGGCGCUGACCUCAUUCUUCACCAACAUCAAGGAGGCGGACAACGAGGACUCUUGCAGCGAGGACUGACGCGGGCUAACCGCCGCGGCCGCGCCCCAGCCGCCGCCGCCGCUUGCGCUUGCGCCUGCGCUAUCGCCCGCGCCGGCGCCGCAAUCACCCGCUUACAACGUCUUCUAUAUUUUUAUAUACUAGAAUCAUCCUACAUGGAACUCAUAGAUUAUAUUAUUAUUACGCUAAUGCUUAACCUAACAGAAGCUAGAGAAAAGGUGUAUAAUAUUUUUAAUGCGAUAGUUAUUUAUCAAGAUUCUAAAUUAAAUUUGCUUAAAAUUUUAUGCGUAAUUUCGUACUAUUUUAGAAAUGGCAGGAACGAGUUUUUUUUAUCAUUAUUUCGCAUUUUUUUUUCUGCGCCAUUGUGAUUAUCAUUAGAAUACCAGUUAAAAUUGUUAUGUUAUAUUUGAAUCUAUGAAGUGACAUGAACUCGCUCUGGAACAUUUGUAGCCUUCUAUUUAAUUUCUAUAUAAUACAAGUGUCGGAUAUAGCGUCAACAAACUAGCCUCUGGCUUGAAUCUUUUGUUAAAUGAUUUAUAGUAUGAUGUACCCGACGGUAAUUUACUUUCAUAAUAUAUAAUAUUAGUCCAAUCCUAUCAUUGCUUUCCUAUUUUUUAUUAUUAUUUCUUUGCGGUGUUCUAUUUUUCUUAAACGGCACAUACCUUAGCUCAUACGACAAAUAUAAAUAUAGACAAUAGAUAACUGAUAACACCAAAACAACUUCCAUAAUUGUUAGCUCUAGAUAGAGAAGUCCACUAUAUAUUUACAGUGCAAGAGAGAUGCUUAUAAUUUAUUACGAAGUCAACGUAACGAAUACUAGUAAGCAUUUAUAUAACUAAAGAAAUGUCUUCUACAAUAGUAAUUGUGGGCUCCAAAACGAGUUAUUUUAAGCAAUAAUCAUGUGUAAUAUUUGGAUACCUGCAGUAGAGUUAUAUAUACGAUACGAUACACUAUGAGAUCCAUGAUGAAUGUUGAAAGAUUUAUUAUGUUUAAUAUGUAUAUCACUUUGUUUUCAUUGGUAUAGAUAUAGACAGCUAAUUUUCGAACUGAUAAAGUAACUUAAAUGUAAAAAAAAUAUAUGAAUGAAUGAAAACCUGUUGAGUGUAAUAG